GUGACCGGGAGUCAUUACAUGUAUUUAGGGGAGUCAUUCAUUCCGGAGCAAAAUGAUUUGAAACAAAAACUUUUCUAGAGGCUCUAGUAGAGCUAUCAUGAGUAUACCAAGUUGCAAGAUUAUCCUGUUGGUCCUGGUUUCAUGGACACUGCUAGCAAAUCAACUGGAUGCUGUAUAUGGAAAUUCAGCAUUUCUAUCAAACAUUACUGAAGAAGAAACUAUGUUAACAGUUUGUCCUGGAGAGUUAGUCUGUCUAACUUGUAGUCAUAUAAAGGGUGCACAAACUCGAUGGGCAAUUAGUGGAACUAUAUCCUGCAAUGUUAUAGUGAGCCACGAUUUUGAUUCAGGCUCAGAACAGCCUUGUGAUCUGAGUCCGUUCACCAUCAUCAUGAUCAGUGACAAUACUGGCUCCACAGUGAGUUCCAUCGUUCAUAUACCUGUGACUGAGGCACUGGACGGUACUCUGGUUGAAUGCUUUGCUGGUGGUGGUACUUUGUCUCCACAAGUUGGCAACACCACACUUAAUGUGAUAGAUCUAAAUAUGUCGUCUGUAACUUCCUGGAUAGCAAAUCUGAGAACUGAUGCUCUAGGGUCUGUUCUGGACUGGGACCCAUUGGACCAACCUUACCAGAGAUGUGUCACUGGCUACAGCAUCACCCUGAAUGAAACAGUGUACAAUACCACAAACACAUCUCUAUCAUUAGCUGGAGAGAGCCUCCCUUACUGUGAGACUCAGACAGUGACUGUGAAACCACUCACACUCAAUGGACCGUUAUCUUCAGACACCUUAAAUAUCACUGUGAUCAAUCCAAACUUGGUGACUCCAGCAGUAUCCACCUCCUUCAUAUUCCAAAAGGAAGUUUUGAAGCUCAAAGUAAUAGUUCAGGAUAUUUCGAUUGAAAUUGCACUCAUUCAAAUGUUUGGAUACAUAUCGAGUGGAGAGGAUUGUGUUCCUACCACAUCAUUUAAUGGGAGUUCAGUUGUAAUCGAUUUCUCAGACCAAUCUCCUGGAGAUACUUGCACAGUGUGUGUGAUGUUCAGGAACAAGGACUGCUCUGCAAUCAAUUCCACUGCUGUGACUGUUCCAGCUACAGUGAUUUCCGCACAAGAAGUCACACCAUCAGAAACUAACUACACACUCUGUUUGUCGCUCCCCUUCACUGGUUACCCUCCCAGUGACCUGCUUAUUGUCUCCAUCCUCUCUCCCCCUCACUCGGAUACAAUCACCCUCCCUUUCCCCUCCACAACCAACCAAAUCAUGGUGACUUUCACUGACCUCACUGCCGGAGUCCUCUACACCUACACCAUUAGAAUUGUUUUGACCAGCGACCAAUCGAAUGAUGUCGUUCCUCCUUUCACUGGAGAAUUCAGUUUGACAACAUUGGGAGGUGGUGGUGGAGGAGAAUCAACAUUCCCAGUUGCAGUUGUAGCAGGGUCUAUUGGUGGCAUUGCUGUUCUGUUUUUUUCCAUAAUCAUUAUCAUAAUCGUAAUCGUCAUCACUCGACGUAGAACCAACGAUCUAUAUUUCAAAGAAAUUGCUCAUCAGGAAACACCAUGUGUCAUUAAGGAAGAAUCAGAUUAUGCUGUGCCUCAAGAUUUGAAAUAUAGGGGAUCCAGGCUUAGCAAUGUGCACAUGGGAGACAAUUUCUUGCAGUGUAGGAGUCCUACUCCAAAAUCAUUUUCUCCUAACAUCUCUGAUGAAGGCAUAUAUUCACUGGUGUUCGAUGCCCUCCCCAAUGGCACACCCCAAACAGUUGUCAGUGGGAAGAACAAUGUACUGUAGCAGGCAAUAACUUGGCUUUUCACACGCUAACUAUUUAUCAGGUGAACUGGUCAUAUAAUCAUGUGUAUGUGUGACAAUACAUUGUAAAGGAAAGGAAAGUUAUAUACAUGUUUAGAUCUAAUUA